GCAAAGAUGGCGAACGAACUGGACAGAGUGCGAAUCUCAGCUGCGGAACUCCGAGCUGAAGCGUCGAAUACAAUUAAUACAACUGACUGUCAGAAAGAGGAACAACAUGUACUCAAGCAACAUAAGAGACGCGAGGGAAAGCGCCCUGAUCUGCAACGCUACCAGCCGGUAGCUGGACAUGGACGGCGUCACCGUGACAGUGAGGAGGGAGAACCUGGUCAAAGUGAUCCCUUGGCAACUUUUGUACAUGAGCACGAUGAACCAUCACAGAGUGAGAAAAAAGGUCUCUCUGAAAAAGUGUUAGAGUGCACAGAUGGGAUGGGCACUGACAAAAAGGAAGAAGACAGGAUGAGAGGUGACAAUAGUAACACUCAGAACUGUAGAAUGGGCAGCCACUCACAGGCUAAAAUGGAAGAAAAUCAAGAAAAAGGCUUUGUUGAAAAUCAUAGAGAACACCAGGAACCUGCAGGAGCAGCUAAACCAGCAAGAAAAGCCCGCAAACCAGAUCGAGAAUUUUAUCAACCUGGGAGCCGGAGGAACAUCCAGGGAAAGGAUUGUGGGGUUGGAAGAGAGCAGGACAAACCUCCUUCUAAGAAGCAUGAGCAGAAAACUGAGCCCGAAUCCCAGUUGAGUACAGGAGAAAUAGAGGGGAACAAAAAAACGUCUACACAGAAGCGGGGAGGGAAAGGUAAAGAAGUAAAGGGUACACAAGAAAAUGUAAAAUUGUCUAAAUCCAGUGAGACAAACGGAAAACAAGGAAACCGAGAUGUUCAGAAACCUCCAUUACCUUCUGAUGCUUCGGUGGAGAAAAUUACUAGCAAAGUUGAAAAACUCAAUGUCAAGGAAAAGGUUAAAGUGGUAUGUGAAGGCCAAGAUGUUGAAGAGUUAAGCUGCAGGAGAGGGGAAACAACUGAUAAGGGAAGGCGAGGCCAAGGGGGAGGAACAAAAGAGGAGGAGGAAAAGAUGGAGAAGAAGAAGGAAAAGGGAAAUCGCAGGAGAAGAGGAGGGGAGAAGGAAAAAGAGAGGAAUCAGGAUUCCAGAAGAGGAGAAGAUGAUAUAAGUGGUGUAGGGAAGAGUGACCAGUGUAAAGUUGAGAAAGAGAAAGACAGGAGAGCAGCAGAAGCAGAUAGGGAUAAUAAACCAGGUAAGACAGGAGAGGCACACCAAAUCAAAGGAAGAGAGAACUGUAGAGAAAGCAGAAGAGGAGACAACAACAACAACAACCGGUCUAGAGAAGCGGAGAAAGAUGCUAAGUCAGAAAAAAAUGUAGACAGGACUGUAGUUGAUAGAAACAAAUCCAAUGCAAACAUCACAUCUUCCUCAAAACGAUAUUCCAAAUCUGAUAUUCGACGAUCACGGAAUCGAACUUACAGCAGUAGCUCUACCAGCAGUGUGACCAGCCUGGAUGGUCCAGGACUAGGGAUGGAUGUGGAAAGCACCAAGUGGCCACGCUUGCAGCCUAAGCACAGUAACAAAGAGGAGAUAGCUAAUAGUGGGGAAGGACGAAGGAGUCAUUUACGAAGCUGGACAACCAACGGGGAAUCAUCUACAGAAUCCAUGGAGGGGAGUGAGAUGAGUGACAUAACAGAAGAUAGGAGGAGGAGGAGAAGAGGGGGGGAGGAGGAGCUAAGUACAGCGAGGCGUAGGGAAGAAAGGAACAGACCAAAGGGAAACAAAGGUGGAGGUCGAGGAAUCCUAAGGGUUUCUCUUGAAAAACAUUCAGGUAUCUCAUCACAUAGUGGGGAUGUACAGCAUUGCAAGCCAGGCUUGGUUCCCCGUGGCAGAGGUGGGGGUAUCUUGGUGCUCCCAGCCCGCACAGAUAUCUCUAAUUCACCUGAGGUUGGGCAAAGACUUCUCUUUGGCGGAAUUAGGGGAGGAGCAGCUGGCAGUAGUAGAGGAGGCAGAGGAGGAGGAGUCAGACGACUCUGGGAUCCCAAUAACCCAGACCAGAAACCUGCUCUUACCAGCACCCAGUCCUCACAGCAUAAAUCUCUCCAACAGCCUAUAUAUCUUCAGACAGGGACCGGAUAUGGACCGCUUAACUUUCUGGACACAGAUGAUGAAGUAGCAGGCAGUCCUCCAGUCCCGCAGGGUGAACACUUUCGAUCCCAGCAGGCUGCCACCAUGGCCUACUACAAAUUCCAAAACUCUGACAACCCCUACUGCUACCCCAUGUCCACCAAUCCUGGCACCACCACCAGCCAGCGCUAUCCAUAUUCAUAUCAUAUGGGACCCUACCAAAUGGCUCCCCCUAACGGUAUGUACCCAGGUGCUGGUGUGGGUCAGUUCUGUGGGAGUUACAGGGGAGCAGGAUAUUCUCAGCCAAGUGGAGGUGGUGGCUUGACAUUUGAAGAAGUGGAGCAACAAGCCAGAGGGGAGUUGGGGAAGCUGCUGAGGGCUGCAGAUGCACAGGAGCUCCAGCUCAGUAACCUCCUGUCCAGGGACAGAGUGAGUGCUGAUGGACUGGAUCGCAUGGCCCAGCUCAGAGCUGACCUUUUGGGGCUAUACGAGCAGGUCAUCCUCACAGACAUCGAGCUCUCAGACUCUCAGAAUGUGGAUCAGGCUUUGUGGAAGAAUGUCUUUUACCAGGUCAUAGAGCACUUCCGGCAGCUACUCAAAGACCCCGCCUAUGACAACACCCCUCAUAUCAGGAACAUGCUGCUCACGCUGCUUGAUGAGGGAGCACUGUUCUUUGAUGCGCUGCUUCAGAAACUGCAGACAGUGUACCAGUUUAAGUUAGAGGAUUACAUGGAUGGUAUGGCUAUCAGGGCGCGGCCAUUACGCAAAACGGUAAAGUAUGCACUUAUCAGUGCUCAACGCUGUAUGAUUUGUCAGGGAGAUAUUGCACGUUACCGGGAACAAGCCAGCGACUCGGCCAACUACGGCAAGGCUCGCAGCUGGUACCUGAAAGCUCAGCAGAUUGCCCCCAAAAAUGGACGACCUUAUAACCAGCUGGCUCUGCUGGCAGUCUAUACAAAGCGGAAGUUGGAUGCAGUGUAUUAUUACAUGCGCAGCUUGGCAGCUUCAAACCCGAUCCUGACUGCAAAGGAAAGCCUGAUGAGUCUGUUUGAAGAAGCCAAGCGUAAGACAGAGCAGCUGGAGCGAAGGAGACGGCAAGAGCAAGAAGGAGGCUCCAGGGGUCCAGCAGUGAGAGGCAGAGGAAGAGGGGAAGAGGGAGCACGUGUGGAGAUAUGGAUUCGUCCCAGUGGACAAGCAGCAACCCCAUCCUCACAGAGAGGAGGUAGUGAGUCCAGCAGAGACUCAGAACAGGAUGGAGAGCUGGGUAGUCUCAGCGCUAGUGACCUAAAUAAGAGGUUCAUUCUGAGUUUCCUGCAUGCACAUGGCAAGCUCUUCACUAAAGUGGGCAUGGAAUCAUUCCCUGGAGUGGCGAGUCGUGUUCUGCAGGAGUUCAGGUCACUGCUCCAGCAUGGCCCUUCCCUACUGGGCAGCACACACAUGCUGCAGAUCAUCACCAUCAACAUGUUCACCAUACACAAUGCCCACAGCAGAGGUGAAGAAGGAGAAGUUCGGUCCGUCUUACAGGAACAAAGCACUGCCCUGGGUCUUGGCAUGUUUGCACUACUGGUGCAGCGUUGCACAGAGCUGCUCAGAGAUAUACCUGCAGAACCAGUCCCCAUGGCAGAUGGAGAGGAGGAGGGGGGUAAAGGGGAGGAGCUGGAUGGUAUGGUAAGGGUCUCUGCCUUCCCACUGGACCUUAGAGAACUGCUGCCAAGCAUCAAGGUCUGGUCUGACUGGAUGUUGGGACACCCAGACCAGUGGAACCCACCACCAUGCAGUAUAGAUUGCAGCCCUGAUGUUUGGCAGUGCCUGGCUGACCUGUGUAAUUUGCUGGCACGUGUGGACCACGGGGAACUGCCGCUUUACAAAGUCGACACUGAUGAAGUUGAGGGAGAUGAGGAGUUGACUGUGCUGCAACUGAAGGAAGACAGGCUUCUUGCUGGUUUUGUACCACUGCUGGCUGCACCACAGGAGCCAUGUUACACAGACAGACACACUGAGAUGGCAAUAGCAGCAGAUUGUAAGAGAGUGACGGUGCUGAAGUACUUUUUGGAGGCUUUGUGUGGACAAGAAGAGCCUCUGUUGGCCUUCAAGGGAGGCAAAUACAUUUCUGUGGCAACUUCUCCUUCACCUAACCACUCAGUGGAUACAAGGAGCAGGCAGGAUUCUCUAACGGAGAAAGAGGCUGAUGAUGUCAUAGUCGAGGCAGAGUCAUCUCUCUCUGCAUCAGAAGGAGAGGAGGAUGCAGAGGAGGCGGGAGACAGUGAGAAUGACAUCAGACAGCUGAAGGCACGACGCCAUGCCCUCGCCAACAAACUGGCACAGCAACAGAAGCGCAGGGAUAAAAUACAGGCGGUGCUGCAGACAGGCGGGCAGUUGGAGCUGGAAGUGAGGCCUCUGUUUUUGGUUCCAGAUACCAAUGGAUUCGUUGAUCACUUGGAAGGGCUGAAGAAACUCCUUCAAUGUGGAACAUACAUAAUAGUUGUGCCACUCAUCGUGAUCACAGAGUUGGAUGGCUUGGCUAAAGGCCAGGACAACUUUGGUGGUGGAGUGGGGUCAGGAGGGCGUAACAUUGGCACUCGUGGCAACUAUAAUGUCAGUGUGGCCCAUGUGCGGUCUGUUCAGGAGAAGGCCCGGCUGGCUGUGGCUUUCUUAGAGAAAGGAUUCGAAGCCAGGGAACCAUGCCUCAGAGCCCUAACAAGCAGAGGAAAUCAGCUCGAAUCUAUUGCCUUCCGCAGUGAAGACACCUCUGGACAACAGGGUAACAAUGAUGAUGUGAUUCUGUCCUGCUGUCUCCACUACUGCAAAGACAAAGCAAAGGAUUUCAUGCCCGAUCAGAGAAAUGGGACAGUGAGGCUCCAAAGAGAGGUGGUGCUGCUUACAGAUGACCGUAACCUGCGCGUCAAAGCUUUGACUCGUAACGUCCCAGUCCGAGACAUCCCUGCUUUCCUCAGCUGGGCCAAAGUGGGCUGAACCAAGCAAAGCUGGAAUCAAAGGAACCCAACUGCUGAAGCCUGCUUGCCACUCAGCCAGGAGAGAAGACACACUUAAGCAGAGGAAGAAGAGGAGGAGAUUAACAGGGGAGAGGAAAUGAAAAAGAAAGCAAAGAACCGCUACUUAUGAAAUACAAACAAAUGUAGUGAGAGCAGGGUGGUUUCAAUGAGCUUUUCCCUCUUGUGAUGAAGCGUGUGUGUAUGUAUGUGUUAAGAUCAGUGAGCUUCCCCAGAGAGAGACAGGGAGACUUGAUAAGUCUCAGAAAGGCUGGACUAGAAGAGAGGAAGGAGGUAAAAACGGAGUGAUAUCAUUUGUAAGUUGUCUGGUCCAGCCUCGAGCCUCUGCACCUAGUUAGUGAGUGUGCUCUCUGCAAGCAGUAUCAAAAUUUGAGGUGAUGAUAGAAUGAGCCAGAGAGAGGGAGCGUGUUUAUGGUCAUUUAAUUGAUUGAAGACAUCAAUACUGAAGGCCAUAACUGGCACCUCCACAUUUCUCUGAGGGCCCAGUCUCAUAGACUUCUGUGGCCUGUAAAGCAGAGCUGAGAGAAAGGAAGGCGAAGAGAAGCACAGCUGGAGGAUCUGUGUCCAUAGAGUAAAAAGUGGCUGAUUGCAGUGAGGGUUGAUCAAGAGCCCUCAUGCAAUAUAAGCACCACCAAGGAAUCGUGAGCAGGUAUGGUAUUUCCUGCUAACCCAGGAAGUGCCUUAUGUGUGUUUGUUAACUUGGUUGUUCCUCCAGCUUGAAGCUAACAUUAAGUUUGGGUAUUGAAAAUGUUUUUAAAAAGUCACCAAAAACAAAAAAAGAUUGGUUUAUUUUAAUUUUCUGUCUUUUGGCUUGUUUUUGAGCUUGUGUAAAAAGUUUUGUUUCCCUCAUGGAAGCCAUUUUUCCAUUUUAGACACUGAUAAUAAGCAUCUGCAAAGUUUUCCAGUGUAAACCAUAAAUUAUAAUUGAAUCCAGUUUUUUUUUUUUUUUUUUAACUGAUCUGGGUGCAAAUAUAUUUGUAAAUAAUAAUUACUUUGUGUUUUUGAGCAGUAUAAACUGUGAGAUUUGAUAGAUCAAAACUAGUUUGUUGGCUUCUGGUGAGUUUUCAGUUUUACAAAAUUAUGCUACAUUGACUAACUUUAUGGGAUUUUCUCCUCCAAAAUUCAACCCAUUUAUCACUUCAAACAGUAUGGGGGAAAAAACAUUUGCAAAUGCUGUUUGACCCAGGUCUCCUGUAGACAGCCACCAUGUUAGGACUUGGUUUGGUCCUUCACUGUGACUUUGCAGAUACUUAAUUAUUGAGUAGCAUUGGUGUCUAUCAGUCUUUUUGUGCAUUUUCAGUUCAUACCACCGCAGCAGUUUACCUUUUCAUAAAAUGUUUUUAAUCAUUAUCCAUUACCAUUAUCUUGUUUUCCUCUUCGUAGUUUGAAUUUUUUUUUUCAAGGUCACUUAUCCACUUUUCUUUAGUUGAAAUAAAAUACAUGUGGCAUAAGAGCAUAAAUUACAGCCUGUAAAAUGUCCAUCGAGUUCAAACAACACCUCACUGACACAUUGUCAACAAACAUGAACACGAAGGUAGUAUUUGUAUUUGCGGUUUUGCUUGCUCUUCAUUGCUUUGGGAGGCAGUUUAGGAGAUGCUGAGUUAAUUCAGUGUAUAUUUCUGUGUGCUUUUGAGAUGGUGUCUGGAUACUCAAAAUAGAUAUAAUCUACACCUCUGCCCUCUGUUAUGUUACAACAUACACAAUCAUCAUUCACUCACCACAGUGUGAUCAUAUGGAUUUGAAAUUGUACUGUAUGUAGAAGUGGCUUUCCUACUUUCUAUUUGUCCUGUACCUUUUUAGCUAGGCUCGUACAACUACCAUCAGCAGUUGAUGUUUCUGUAUUUGUAAAAUAUGAGACAGGUUUAUUCUUUUUUUUUUUUUUUCUCCAACACCUGUUGUAGGGUUUCUGUAGCUUCUGUUAAGUGGCACUGCAUCAGUGUUUGAGUGUCAAAGCAAAUGUAGUAAAAACAUAACACAAACAACUUUUUCAUCAUCCAUCAUUAAAAAUGUUUUGAAGGCA